CUUCAACAGAGCCGACCAUUCCAAAUCCGUCCAAGCUUUCAGCAGUGCUCAGCAUCUCACAUAUAUUGCUGCGUCAGCGCGAGAAAACAAGCACGGCCAAAAUACUGACACGCGUUACGUCGAUCCGCCUAUGGCACUGCAUGGUUCAACCUCGAAAGAGACAGCAGGAUCUACUGAGGCCAACAGGCCAACGGAUAACACGCCGAAAGCAGAACCGGGAUCUGUGACAUUCGGGCAGCCCAGUAUCAUCAAGCCUCUUUAUUCCGCGAACCCGCUUUUCGGAAGGAACACUUCGAAGGACCCGAUAUCUACCUGCAAGUCGUCAGGCUUCAACUUCAACACAGUCACACCCAUACCACAUUUGGAGGCUUACAUCGUUCGUCCAAUGAUGCAAUCUACCGAUGCUGCCUGCACAUUGUCCUUUGGAAUUGAGUCUUUGCGGAUCAGCGAACAUGCCUUGCAAGCCAAGGUGCAAAAUCUAGGGCCGGAUUACUCUAUAAUGGACGAACUCCUCGACUUGCAGCCCCAGAUGUUGAAUCUGAUACAGUCUCGCACAGCACAACGUCAAGGAAACAUAGUUUCUGUAGAAUAUGGAAAAUCUGUCGAACUCACUACGUUGAUAGGAUCCCUGCAGUUCAAGCCUGCAGUAUUCAUCAUCUCAACAACGACAGUACUUCCGCAGAACCCUCUCCCGAAUCCAACUCCGACGUGUACACCUUCGAAGUUCGAGUCAAAGCAGAAUGGAAAUCCAAGUCUCUUUGAUAAGGUUGCACCAGCGUUCGGGUUUGCAUCCACCAACCUCAGCCCAGCGACAGUUUCUAGACACCACCCAUCUGCAGCGGAAGCGUACUCGACACGCCUACAGGAACAAGGAGAGUCAUGUACGCAUGUGGAAAGCUCUGAGGGUAUGGGUCUUGCUCAUUACCAGACCAUGACGACAAACAAGAGCUGGCACGACAAGGACCGUUCGCUCGAAGAGAUUCGGCUUGCUGAUUACGAAGCUGGACGUGAUAGACCCAUGAAGACUAACGGUAUAUCGUACCCCUGGGAUGCCGCCCCAGCUCGAUUUGCACCACCAACCAAAGUCGAGUUCUCCAAAACCGGGUGGUUCCCCGUCAACAUAGUCGCCUCAAACCCUGGCUAUGGUUUUGCGCCUGCAGCAUCGAAGGUCGAGAAGUCGACACAGAAUGGCAAAGCCUCACCCUACCUUCCAUCCGACAUGGCUCCUUCCAAACCUAGCUCGUUCCAGGAGUUGUGGCCAGCUCUGCCACCAUUUGUGCCGCCACAGAGCGACAAAUCUUCCUCUAAACUUCCAUCGGGCAUGGCUACUUCUGGACCCGGCCUAUUCCAGAGGUUGGGCGGCCCACCGUCUGUGCCACCAAGGGAGCCGUUCUCAAACACAGUCUGCACACUCCAGCAUCAACAUGGUCUUUUCUGUCGUACCUCAACAUCGCAGGGUAAGACGUCUGCUUCUACUACAGCAGAUACAAUGCCUUCGCCAUUCGCCUCUCUUGCAACAGUAACUCCAAAACAAUGUCACUUUGACAGCGCAGCGACGAAUCAAACGGCCAAAUCCCCCUUUGCGAAGCGCCCAGAUAUUCCAAACAUCCAGUUUGGGGGAUCAGCACCUGUUCCCUCUGGCGCCAGCAUGUUUCCGAACAACAACGAUGCAAAUAGCAACAUCAAGCAUCCCAGCGGCCGACCUACCGGAUGCUCCUCCUGUAGCCCUACACCAUCUUGUGCUUUGUUCGGAGGGAACACAAGCCAGCCAGUCACUCAGCAACGCAGCCUCUUUGAGACCUCAGGAACGGCACCUGCUUCUCCACCGCGACAGGCUUUGUUCGGAGGCACCACAGGCCAGCCAAUCACUCAGCAACGCGCUCUCUUCGAGAACUCGACAACAGCACCUGCUCCUCCGCCAUUUGGCGGUAUGGCUGCAAAAUCCGGCCCAGCGGGACCACCUGCAUAAUUAUGGAAGGUAGUUGAGGAGACUUGGGGCCGAGAUAGGGCGGCAAUGACGGCUAAGGUGGCGGUUGAAAGCGGUCCGUCCGACGGUGCGCGCGAGGUGUUGCUAGUCCGCAGGACAGA